AUGGUGAUUACAAAUAAUUUUUAUAAAAUGAAAAAUCAGCAAAGCUUUCAAUACUUUAUUCCAAACUACGCAAUGCAGCCAAUAAGCCCGUAUUACUUUUAUGCAUUUCCUCAGGUCCCAAUCGUGCCUGUUACUAUCACAAACACCAUUGACACAAAUACCAAAGGAAAUAAGAAAGCAUACAAAAGAACCUGGAAAAAGACUCAAGUCGAAAGACUCUACGAAAUUACAAAAGUCUAUGCCCAGCAAGCUAACAAGGAAAUAGAGCAGCUCACUAUUAACGAUUUUGAAAUUAUUUCAAAAGAAACCGAACAGUCUGCUGAACAGUGCAUGGCGAAGAUCAAUGAAAUUCAAACUUCUGGCACCCUUCGUCCUGGGAUUUGGUCAGAAAAAGAAGAUGCAAAGCUUAUUGAGCUUGUAGAAAGCUCAAUCACAAAGUGGGGAAACAUUGCCAACCUCAUCAAUAAUGAAAUACAUAAAGGACUUAAAAUUCGAACAGGCAAACAUUGCAAGGAAAGAUGGAACAACCAUUUGAAUCCUGAAAUCAGAAGAGGCAACUGGACAGAUGAAGAAGACGUAAGAUUACUUGAGUUACAUAAGGAGCUCGGUAACAAAUGGAGCAAUAUUGCCAAACAGGUAGGAGGCCGAACUGAGUGCUCAGUAAAAAACCGAAUAAAAUCCCUUUUAAAUAAAAAAAGGCAGGAAUUGGGAGUAAUUGAAAAGCCUGAGAAAUUUGAAGAAAAAGAAAUUAACCAAGAGUCUCUUUUGGUGCCAACUUCACAAGUGGAAGAAGCAGCAAGUCCAAGAAGUGGGAUGGAAUAUCCUAGUUUUAAUUAA